AUGUUGAAGUUGAUUUUAUUUUUUCAAUAUCAAGGUGAUCAUGCUGUUCUGUGUGUCAGAAUCAAGAAUGUGGCAGUAGCUGUGACAAAAGCAGCUAGACUCCACCUCUUUCAAGCACAGGAAUGGCAGAAGCUGCAGAACAAUAUCCAGGAUCACAGCUGUACAGGGAAGUUCUCUAAAGCUCAGCUGACAAUGACUGUGAACCACACAGAGCAAAAUCUGACAGUGUCCCAGAUUCCUUAUCCGGAAACAUGGUAUGUGUUUUAUGUAGACAAGUUUACCUGCGAGGAGAAUUAUUCUGAAUCCGAGGAUAUUCAGUUUGAAAUGAUCUUACUAAACCCAGAUGCAGAAGGGAAUCCAUUAGAUCACUUUAGCGCAGGGGAAUCGGGAUUACAUGAAUUCUUUUUCCUGCUUGUCCUAGCAUACUUCAUAACUGCUUGCAUAUAUGCACAAUCCCUAUGGCAGACAAUUAAGAAGCGUGGACCUAUGCAUGCUGUGUUAAAGGUGUUGACAAUUGCAUUACUGUUGCAGGCUGGUUCGGCUUUUGCCAACUACCUGCAUUUUUCAAGUUAUUCUAAAGAUGGGAUAGGAGCUCCUUUUAUGGGAAGUCUGGCAGAAUUGUGUGACAUAGUCUCACAGAUACAAAUGCUGUAUUUAUUAUUGAGUCUAUGUAUGGGUUGGACAAUAGGCAGAAUGAAGAAAUCUCAUGGCAGACCUCUUCAGUGGGAUUCCAGUCCAACGUCUACUGGCAUUGCUGUAGUAGUUGUUGUUACACAGAGCUUUUUGUUAAUUUGGGAGCAGUUUGAAGAUACAAAUCACCACAGCUACCACUCGCACCAUGGUUUAGCAAGCGGACUGCUUAUUGGCCUCAGAGUUUGUCUGGCUUUGUCACUGGCUGCUGGUCUUUACCAGAUUAUCACAGUGGAGAGAAGCACGCUGAAAAGGGAGUUCUACAUCACCUUUGCCAAAGCCUGCAUUCUCUGGUUUUUGUGCCACCCAUGUCUUGCAACCAUUGCUGUAAUAUUCAGAGAAUAUCAAAGAGAAAAGAUUAUUACCAUAGGUGUUAUCCUCUGUCAGUGCAUCUCCAUGGUUAUCCUCUACAGACUUUUUCUAUCUCAUAGUCUAUAUUGGGAGGUAUCUUCACUGUCAUCAGUGACAUUGCCACUAACAGUAUCCUCCGGACAUAAAAAUCGACAUCACUUCUGAGAUGUUUAGGAAGAAUACGUUAUGUUAUAAAUGUGCAAUAAUGACUUAAGUAUACAGGUAUUUUUGUCACAUGUGUGUGAUACAUUGGUUUCACUGGAAAACUGAGUGAUAAUAUCAGACCUUUAGUCUGACAAGGUUGCUAGGUUAAUCUAUUAAAAGUGUUGGGGAGUGUAAAAAUCUGUAAUUUUAAUAGUUUUAUAAAUACUGUUUAUUGGUAACGUCUGGUGCUGAGCUGUAUCACAGAAGAGUACCAUGAAUCUUUUCCAUUCACAGACACCAAAAACGCCCAUACUUUGUAUCAAUACUAGGUUUGAAGGUCUUACAAAAUGCAGUUCUUAAAACAUCUACAUGCUCAAACAAGUUUGAAAUAGGCCGGUUGUGAAAUUGGUGUGAUGCAUAACGAUGAGUACAAGGGGUUUUUUAUUUUCAUGCUUUAGAGAAAAUGCAUUUUAUGUAUCAGUAUAAAAGAUGGGGAAACAAAAGAGGGAGAAUCCUCUAGAAAACACAUGUAAAAUGUUCACAACUGACUGCAAGAAACUUUAUUAUUGGUGUAAAAGAAAAGCCUUUUUUGCAACUAAUGUUCAUACUGGUUAAAAUUCUAAUGGGAAUAUAAAUAGGGUUUAUAUCUGCCUCUUUUUUUUUUAAAUCAAUGUAACUAAAAAUUUCAUCCAGUAAUGCAGGUUUAAACAGUUUUUGAGGCUUAGAAGACAUAGCAACAUAAAGGUAAUUAAAACAGCAGGCUUGCAUCUUUUAAAGAAAAAAAAAAAGGCAAAGAAAAUGGAAUGGGUGAUGUGGUACUAGAAUUUUAAUCCUGAUAUAAUUCAUUUCUGUUACAUUGAGGAUUCAAUCAUAAUUAAGCCAUAUACACAGAUUAAAUUAACAGAAGCAUUUCAAAUAAAUGUUGGUUUCAGUCAUCAACUACCCAUGAAUUCCUGCCCAAGGAUACUUAAUCAGGAUUAAAUUUUCUAUGAAUAAUUGAAAAACAAAAUACUCACUGGAUUUGUUAUAAUCCAUGUUGGCACUGGGUUCUAAGUAGUUGCCAUCUUCCAUCCAUUGUAAUAAAGCCAUACUACUUUGUGAUGCCCUAGCAUUCAGAAAGCCAGUGUAAAUAUAUACUUUAUUGAAGUGCCUAUUUAUUGAGUAUGAUUAAAUCAUGCUGACAUUUUUUUCUUCAUAAUAAGAACAUACCUAUUGCCAUUGUGAGUGAAUUCUUUUUUUCUAUUUAGUUAAUAUUUGUCAAAUUUUAGACUUCAUACAUGUGUAUUUCUUCACCAAAUGGAUUUUAUUUUCUAGUAAAUGAGUAUUUGCUUUUUCUUAA